GCGAGACCAGGUAACCUUUGACCUGGACGCUGCAGGAGUCCACCUGCAAAGAAAUGGCGGAUUUCUACGAUUUAAAAAGUUGCAGCUCUUUCACUCUGUUUUCAAAGACGUUUUGCUCGACUGACCCACAAUGACGUUAUCGGAGAAAGUAAGGCACAUAAUGUACCAGGAGAAAUGAGUGUCGAGACACAAGAGACUUCUGAGGAUGGGAAGGAAGCAGCGGAAAAUGAAGACCAGACUUCGGCGCCCAGAUCGGCGGAGGAAGGCGCGAGUGACUCCGAAGGUGGGUUCACGGAGUCGCCGAGAAAUCCAGCCGGUCUCUCGCGAACCCCGACCUUCAGCGAGACAAUGUCGGGCACAGAGAGCUCUGCACCCUCCCCUACCGUACUGCUGCGCGUGAAGAAGCGAGUGUCAAAGCGUUCUCGCCCGUCGUUUAGGUCCGUUGGUAAGCUUGUGCAGAAGAUGGUUCGACAUAUGUCACUGUUCUCACAACUACAAAGCAAGGAAACUUCGACGGUGGGAAGCUCAAGUCCGCGCGAAUCGGUCGUGUCCACGGAGGACUCGGGCACCCAGAGGAACUCUGUCAUCUUCUCGGGAGGCAAGCUGCCCGUCCCCGGCUUGUCCGGGCUUCGAAACCACGGCAACACGUGUUUUAUGAACGCUAUCCUACAGUGUCUCAGUAACACCGACAUGCUAGCCGAGUAUUUUGUCUUGAACCAGUAUAAGUCGGACCUGAGCAGGAUCCGCCGGUGGAGGGACAGUACCAGGUUGAAACCUGUCACCCGCGGGGAGGUCACAGAAGACUUUGCCAAGAUCCUCAAGGCACUGUGGUCCUGUCAGUACACCCCGAAGCUCACCAGUGACUUCAAAAACACCGUGGCCAAGUACGCCUCUCAGUACAGCGGCUACAACCAGCACGACGCCUUCGAGUUCCUACUUUGGCUGCUGGACAAAGUUCACGAGGACCUCAACUGUGCAUCGAAGAGAGGGUACAAGAAAGCCAAGCUUGGGCACAAGAAGUCAUCAGACGAGCACCUGGCGGCAGAAGCGCAGGCCAACCACCAGAGGUGUAACAGCAGCUUCAUGUACGACCUGUUCCAGGCGCAGUACCGUUCCUCCCUCACCUGCCCCUCCUGUCAUCGCCAGAGUAACACCUUCGACCCUUACAUCUGUAUCUCCCUCCCCCUGCCCCAGCGACAGACCAGGGCUAUCUACCCUGCUGUGGUUUACCACAGGAGAAAACCCAGGAACACCAGAAUAGGAGUCAGCCUUCAUCAGGACAGCUCUGUGGGUGACUUGAGAAAACUCAUCGCAGACAAGGCCGACAUUCCCUUAAACCAGCUUGUGCUGACAGAGAUCUACUUUGAUGGUUUCCAACGCUCCUUCUCUGACGACCAGCCGCUGAGCGUGGUGCAUGAUGGGGACUGCAUCUACGCCUUCGAGGCGCCGCUGGAGGUCACUGACCUCUCCUGCACCAAUGACGACACCCCAGUCCCAGCUACGUCUAACUCCCAGGAUCCCGAGCAGGAGAAAUUAUUACUGCUUGUUGUCAACAAGACUGGUGCUGGCAAGCAAGGGAAGAGGUUUGGCCCGCCCUUUGCCCUUCACGUCCCACGGAACCUGACCUUCAGCGACCUUCAGAAGGUGUUGUUACACAGCAUGGCAGACAUGACGAGGGAGGGCAUCAGGCCACAGGGCAGCGUGCGAUUCCAGAUGCGGGUGGUAGGUGGCCUUGCUGGCAAGUGCUACCUGACAGAGGACGACAACAUGUGUCUCUACAUGCCGACUGUGGACAAGGCCCUGUCUGGCUGUGGUUCUGGGGGAAUGGAACAUGUAAAGUUGGUGCUGGAGUGGGAACAGGAGACAAAGGCAUGCCUGUUUGGUAACACGUGUGAGGAGAAGGUAGAGGAGCUGGACAGUGUCAGGCAGCAGAGAACAAUGCAGCAGCAACCUCUCAACGUUACCCUGUCUGACUGCUUCAGACUACACACCAAGGAGGAGAAGCUUGGCCCUGAGGACGGCUGGCACUGCCCCUUCUGUAAGAAGGUUCAACACGGCACCACCAAGAAACUCAGUCUGUGGUCCCUGCCAGACAUCCUCAUCAUUCAGCUCAAGAGGUUCAAGCAGGUGGGGAUGCGGAGAAUGAAGCUGUACACGUCGGUAGACUUCCCCGUCUCCAACCUGGACAUGAAGCCCCACGUGGCCCGCCGUAACCCCGGCAACAGUGGCGGGCUCGGCCUCUUAACCAGCUGGUCUCCAUGGAGACGCCAUCAGCACAGGACCGCGGCUCGCCACCCGGACUACUUCUACGACUUGUACGCCGUGUGCAAUCACCAUGGCAACAUGACGGGCGGACAUUACACAGCUUUUUCCAAGAACCCUGUGGACGGGCGCUGGUACAAGUUUGACGACACCAAAGUGUUGGGUGUGAGUGAUGAGGACGUUCAGACGAGCGAUGCGUACAUCCUGUUCUACCAGAGCCGCAGCAGCCGCAUGGGCUCGCUGUCCAGCACGUCCGGCAGCUCCACCUGCUCCUCGUUGUCCGACCACUGGGUCAACCGCAUCCCCAACCUCCUGCCCAGGAGUGACGGCAGCUCGCACGAUGAUACAAGCGACACGGAGGACCACGGUGGGUUCAGUGGGGACAGCCGUCCGUUUGUGCGCAGUGUGCACGGCAUGAGCGCGAGCGUCCGCUACCCGUCCAGCCGCAGCCAGGAGCUCCUGUCGGACGGGUGGGACAGCGGGAACUACAGCGACAGCGAGGCGGACAAGGCCAGCAACAUGACCGAGUCCCGCGUCUGAACAUGACUGACGACGGGGGAGAUCAACAGUGGGGCUCCAUAAACCCAGCCUGGAAUCCAUCCUGUUCUAGGUCCAGUUCACUCCAACGAUCACUUCUGCAUGGAAUAGUGUUAGAAUAUGACAGAGAAGGGACAUGUUUGUUCACUACCAAUAACCUGGGCUCAACAGACAUUAUUAAAAAACUAGGACGGGAUCAGCUGUUUCAAGAACAAAUUGUUGGUCCCAUCGGUUGAGUAUGUUAUUUCUACGUUGAACUUACGACCGUCUGUUACAACAGUCUUGGCAUUUGGUUCUUACAUCCUGCAUCAUUUUUGGAAUCAAGUAUUUCUCAAGAGCAGCGUAAUGGGGGUGGAAAUUUGAGUGUCUGUUCAAACCUUGUUACCAUGCUUGUGUUUAUCAGAAAGAAUCAGAACUCUCACCCCAAAUUGUAGGCAGAUAUUCAAUAGCCAAUCAUUUCUCUGUUAACAGGUGGCAUAGUAUUUUCUGCAGGGAUUUGAUCAAAGGAGUGACCAGAGUUAGAAUAGAGUGGAUUUCAGACUACAAUAAGCCCAUUGUAGCCCUUACAUUGUACUAGAAUAUUGUACUUACAAAGUCUGGUACCAAGAUAGAUUGAGAACAUUUUUCCAAGAUAGAUGUCUACUAUAGGGCCUGCUAAUUUCAGGACUUUUUCCAAACUGUACCUCAAAAUGAAACAGACAAUGAAGGGACCAAAAUAUGUCACAUAUCUUCAUUAACACUAGGAAAGCACAACACACUCAUUACUAUUUGCAGUGAAUUUUGGGACCAGUUUUGAUAGAAAAAUCCUUUAUCCAAGUACAGGGGCUUCACACUUUGCAUGCAUUGAAAGAACAGUUGUGUCAAACUUUUUAUUAUUUUAGGUUUCAAAUUGAAAGUAUGCACUGCCAAGGAAAAUUUGAUGUUGUCUUGUUUAAAACAGUUGUGGAAAUUAACCUAAAAAUUUGGUUGAAUUUUUUUCAUUUAGAAUGUGACAUUACUUGACAGGCAAACCCUCUUUAAAAUUGUGGAGUUUGUUACUAAAGCUUAUGGUUGAAGAUAUUGAAGGAUCAGAAAUGAGAUUUUGUUCCUUAAAUUUAUGAAUGACAAAGUCAACCUCAAAGCACAUGAAUGUGCUGAGGCGUUUGUUAAUCUAAAGAAAUCGUGCUGUGCACUUGAAGAAAAAUUGUGCUGGGCACUUUUAUUAUAAAUAUAAGAGAAUAAUGGCAUGAAUGUUUUUGUUGUAAGUGAGGACAUUGAAAUUACAUUUUUGAUGUUAAUGUGUGCUUCUAAGGUAGUUUGUAUGUGGAAAUUGGCAAAUACAAAUGUAUGCUAUCAUGGCUUUAACCAUCACCCGAUCUAGUUGAAUUUUUUUCGUCAUGUGCUUUAAUGUCACCAGUUUCAGUUUUACUUGUUUUACAUUUUGCGCACUUGCUAUUUUAUUAUGGGACGUUUGUCAAAGAAGUUGUAUGUUACUGCAUCUGACUUGGCUGUUACUUGAAUAGGUUGAUGCACACUGACUACUGUUGAAUCCUGGAUUGAGGUAUGAGUACUUAUAUAUGAUAUGAGAACUGGAAGAACGUAGGAAAUGUUGCUAAGAUGUGUAUAGAACAUUGCAUAUAAAUUAAGCAGAUGAGCUAAUGUUGAUUUGCUUUUUAUCCAGCCUGUAAAAUCAAGUGCCAUUGUAAUCAGAUUCCAGUUUGCUUUGAGCUUACCCAAUGAUAAUCAGUGUACCAGAGAGGUGGGAAAAGGAAAUCUGAUGGGAUCUAUCUACUAGAUGUGCCAAAAUGCAGUCAAACUGCGUUUUGUAACGUAAAUGGAACCUUGGUAUCUCUCUCUUUUUCUCUACAUAUCUUAAAUUUAUGGUGAUGACAGAGUUCUUGAUCUAUUCUAUUUUUCUAUGCUAUGCAGAGCAGAAUGUUCUACUUAGCGACAACUUUUGUCCUUUAACUAAAUGUGUAAGCAAGUGUUGACAUAUACAUGUUUGCAGAAAUGUCUUGUAAUAGUGUAUGAUUUGAUCCUAGGUUAACAUGGAACUGACUUGAAUGUGUGAAAGUCUGGACACUCCAGGAUGAAAUGCUUGUGGACUUUUGUCUCAAGAAUGAAUGUAAAGACAUUCUUAUAGUGGCAGCAUGACAACUUCACACAUGUUUGAGGUUCUUUAAAAGAACUUGAAUUAUUUUCAGAAUUGUUUUAAAAGUAAGACAUAACCACCAUUCAAGGUAAAUCCACAUAGAUGUGAAGAUUGCUAUGUUAAAUGCAUGAUACGUGAUAUUGUGCUGUAUUCAUGAAAUUUGUUGGUUUGCUUUUAUCACAAUCACCUACAUAUCAUGAGCUUCAAGCAGCCUCCGUACAGCCAUGCAGAAGCUGUAUGUGCUGUCAUUGCUUUUCAUGCUUGACAAUUGUAUGCUGCAUAUUUUACUGACAUUCUUUUCUGCACGGACUGUAUCAUUGUUAUCGAUUUUAGGAUUUUGAUUAUGUAUUUUACAGGAAAAAAUGUUGGUCUCCUUUCACAGUUUAGAUGUUGCUAUUAACUUAGAGGACUGUUGGUCGAAAGUUGAGAAACUCUUGGUUUCUCAGAUGACGAGUCACCGUCAGUUAUCCCUGCGUUUUGUUGCAAUAGGAAUCGUGCAGCUGGUUUUGCAAAGUAAAAGCAUUUUGAUCU